AAAUUCUCUCGCAUUUCUUUAAAUUGAAAAUUAAAACGAGGAAUUUCUUUUUAAAUUAAUAUUGUUUUUCACAAUUUUCCACGUGAUAAAAUGGCAUUUAGAAGUUUAAUAAAGCUCCAAAAAGUGCUACUGCCUCUAAAUACCAUCAGCCGAUCAAUUUCAAUUAUGCCAUUAAAAUGUGGACGAUUCCGAUCUUCAGAAUAUUUUCAAGGAUCAGAGCAUCAUCCAGAUGUUGAAGUUAUUAAAAAUCCACCUGAAUGGAAGUAUGUUGAACAUUUGAUUGGAAAGAAGUUAAUUCCUCAGCCAGAAUGUAAAACUGAAUAUUCUUCUGGAUGGCAACCACAAGAUCCAGAGAAAUAUAAGGACCUUUCUUAUUUUAUCAAAAGAACAAGAAAUUAUAUGCUACCUGUGUAUUUACGUAUUACAUAUCGUGGAAAUCGCCGUAUUACGUUCAUUAAGUACAUCGAGGGAGAUAUUUGGAAGCUUGAACAAGAAUGUAUUGAUUUAAUAAAAUCAAAGACUAACAAUAAUCCUCAAUAUUCACAAAUCAAUGAAAUGAAUCGAACGAUAAAAAUUAAAGGAGACUAUGUAACAUUAAUUCAAAAAUAUUUGUAUAGUAAAGGUCUUUAGUCCUGCAAACAUCCUAAAAUGUUAUUCAUGUUUAGUUCAUUCUUUAACUUGUGAGGAAAUAAAGUAAAAGAUCCAGUUUAGACUUUUAAAAUUUGAAAAUUACACAA